AGAUUGCCAGGUUCCCAGCCUCUAUAAAACAGGCUGUGGAGGGAGCCUGGGCAGCUGCCCACCAUGACCUCUUGGGCUGUCCUGCUCAUCGCCUCAGUGCUCCUGGUCGCCCCAGGGCUGGCCUUUUCCAGUCUGACCCCUGAGCACCAUGACCAGGCAACAGCCCAUCUGUGCAAUGGAAAUGAGUUGUGCCAGGGCCUGUCCCCGGAGGAUCCCCAGGGUGACCUGGUGCUCCAAAGAGAGGAGCUGAACCUAAUCUGUGGUUAUUGUCAGAAGAUAAUGCAGAUGUUGAAGGACAUGGUGGGAAAUAAUCCCAGCAAGAAUGUCAUCAUCCAUGCGACCUCCAAGGUGUGCAACAAGAUGGGGCUGCUGAGCAUCCUGUGCAAGAUGAUCAUGAAGAACUUUCUCCAUCGCAUCUGUCAGGACAUCUUGGCUAGGAAGAAGCCUCAGGCCAUCUGUGUGGACAUCAAGCUGUGCAAGGGCAAGGCAGGUCUCAUCUGAGCCCCUGGGCCCCCCAACCCCACCCUGGGGAAGAAGCACAGAAACUCCAGCAUCCUCAGUCGGCUCCUUCCUUCCUGAAUCCAGGAGUCUUCCCUCUAGUUUCUCUCAUCUAACUCCUUCCACUGCCUUCCCCCCUCAGGAGAAUAAAAUAUCAAGCAAGAAUUUUUGCAGCUUCUUUUCCUUUGCUGGGUUUCAGAGGAGGGGCAUGCUCAUCUGACUCAUGAGUUCAUUCAAUAAACAUGCUGUAUGUCCA